AUGGAUCAAGGGUUGGGUUCUCAGCCAAAUGCUUCGCCUGGCUCGAUCGACAAAUCUAGGGUUUUAGAAGUGAAGCCGUUGAGGCGCCUUGUCCCGGUUUUCCCAAACUCAAACGGCUCGUCUUCAGUUUCAACCCCACAUCCCACACCUUUUACUUGUAUCUCUCCAUCUGGUCCUUUCCCACCUGGAGUUCAACCAUUUUACCCGUUUAUAGCCUCAAACGGUGCUCGGCAAAACCCACCAGCCGCCCAAAAUGAUAAUUUGGGCUUCGGUUUCGGUACCAACAUACAAUCUCCGAUUCCCCUGAAUUCCUUUAAGUCCCCAAUAUCCCAAGCAAAUGGGUCGACUGGUCCCAAAAAGGCAAUUGCCAAAAGUAAUUCGAGUAAACGAAGAUCUCGGGCCAGCGAAAGACCCGAAAAUGGCCCCGGCUCCUACUCCGAUUUCGAUUUUGAUUCCUUGGCUAAUGACUUCAUAACCUCGUUCAAGCUCGAUGAUUUCGAAAGCUUCAAAAAAUCCCAUACCGACAAGGAAGUAGUCGAAACCAUACUCUUGGUCUUCGAUUUGAUACGCCGUAAGCUCACCCAGCUCGAAGAAUCCAAGAACAUCGUCCUCGGGCUUAUCCGUCAGCCCGGCCCGAAAGCCGGGGCCCUUUUAUCCUCCAGAGGACUCCGCGCGAACAGCUCCAAACGAGUUGGGCACGUGCCGGGAGUCGAAGUUGGCGACAUUUUCUUCUUCCGAAUGGAGCUUUGCAUCGUGGGCCUUCAUGCCCCGAGCAUGUCGGGUAUCGAUUAUAUGAGCGUGAAGCUCAGCAUGGACGAAGAGCCAGUUGCUGUAAGUAUAGUCUCGUCCGGAGGUUAUGACGAUGCCGAAGGGGGUAAUAAUAAUAAUAAUGGGGACGUUUUGAUCUACUCGGGUCAAGGUGGGGUCCAGAGGAAAGACGGUCAAAUGUUUGACCAGAAGCUCGAGAGGGGAAAUCUUGCGCUCGAGAAGAGUCUCCAUCGUGGGAAUGACGUUCGGGUCAUCAGGGGUAUAAAGGACAUUUCGGGCUCGAUGGGGAAGAUUUAUGUCUACGAUGGUUUGUAUAGAAUUCGCGAGUCGUGGGCUGAGAAGAAUAAAUUGGGUUGCAGUGUUUUUAAGUACAAGCUCGUUCGAAUGCCCGGGCAGCCCGAGGCGUUUUCUCUGUGGAAAAUGAUUCAGCAGUGGAAGGAUGGGAGUACGAUUCGGGCGGGAGUGAACCUUCCGGAUCUUUCUUCGGGCAGCGAGUCGCUGCCCGUGGCUUUAGUCAACGAGGUUGACGGAGAAAAGGGGCCGACUUUUUUCACGUACGAACGCGAAUUGAAAUACGGAAAACCGUUUUAUAGUUCGAAUCCUUCUCCAGCGUGCGGUUGUAAAGGCGGGUGUCAACCGGGGAACACCGAUUGCCCUUGCAAUCAGAAAAAUGACGGUCUUGCCCCUUACUCUCCGCUCGGUGGUCUCUUGACCGAAAAAACGAUAAUUUACGAGUGCGGGAGAACGUGCCCCUGUCCUCCGAACUGCAGGAACCGACUGUCUCAGUCUGGAAUUAAGGCUCGUUUGGAGGUUUUCAAGACGAGGAACAGAGGAUGGGGGCUUAGAUCGAUGGACCCGAUUCGAGCCGGGGCUUUUAUCUGCGAAUACGCGGGUGAUGUCAUCUCUUCGGCUGAUGAUGAAAGCAACAACAUUAGUAAUAAUAAUAAUAGUAUCAAUUAUAUUUUCGACUCGACACGUUACUAUGAGCCACAAGCUCCAUUCCCGCUCGUUAUAAACGCCAAGAAUAAUGGGAAUGUGGCUCGAUUUAUGAAUCAUAGCUGCUGGCCGAACGUGAUUUGGCGGCCGGUUUUGCGCGAGAACUAUAACGAGACGUUUAUGCAUGUUGCGUUCUUUGCGGUGAAGCAUAUUCCUCCCAUGCAGGAGCUCACGUUCGAUUAUGGGAUAGUGAGGCCCGAGAAAGGAGGAGAUAUUGGGAAGAGAAAAUGCCUUUGUGGGUCGUUUAAGUGCAGAGGGUAUUUUUAUGGAUGA